AUGGACGAAUUCGUCUUAACCCUUUCCACCCUCACCGACCGUACCCAUCCCGUCUUAUGCCUCAGGGUACAAGACGAUGGAGGCUUGUUAUUCUCGUCCAAGCAGUCUGCUCCUGACACGUUACAGCGCAAACAAUCCGAGUCGGGCCCCAGACCUCACGUGGGAAUCAUCGGCGCUGGCCUCGCCGGAUUGCGUUGUGCCGAUAUCCUGAUUCAACAUGGCUUGCUGGUGACCAUCAUCGAAGGCCGGGAACGGCUUGGAGGCCGCAUGUUCCAAGAAACGCUACCGAAUGGACACACUGUCGACCUUGGCCCCAACUGGAUACAUGGAACCGACGACAACCCCAUCAACGACCUCGCAAAAGAGACCGGAACCGCGGUCGGCCGCUGGGACAAUCGGUCGUAUGUGUUUGAUGAAGGGGGGGAACUGUUCGAUUUGGACGAAAGCGAGGUCUACUCUACCAUCAUGUGGGACAUUGUCCAAGAUGCAUUCAAACAUUCUAAUAAGAACUCGGCCGAUAUUCAUCCCGACGAGAGUCUAUGGGACUUUUUCCAGCACAAGGUAGUCGAGAAGAUCCCCGACACCGACGAGGAUCACGCCAGGAAGCGAAGCAUCGUUCUCCAAGUUGCCGAGCUUUGGGGUGCGUUUACCGGAAGCCCGAUCGAAACCCAAAGUCUCAAGUUUUUCUGGCUGGAAGAAUGCCUCGACGGCGAAAACCUAUUCUGCGCCGGCACCUACGAAAAGAUCUUGGAGAGAAUCGCGGAGCCCGUGAGGCACAACGCGGAUAUCAAGUACGAUACCCGGGUGACCAAGGUGGAGCUGAAAACCGCGGACCGUGAGAGGCCAAGGGUUCACACAAACACCGGCGAGAUCUUUGAGUUUGACGAGGUUGUAAUGACGGCGCCUUUGGGCUGGCUAAAAAAGAACCUGCAAGCGUUUGAUCCGCCGUUGCCCGACAGAAUCGAGCGAGGUAUCCAGGCCAUCGGCUACGGCUGCCUCGAAAAGGUUUACAUCAGUUUUCCCAGAGCGUUUUGGCUCGAACCCGACAGCAAAGGCCGAGUAGUCCAAGGCUUCUGCCAAUGGCUAGCGCCAAAUUACACACCAGAGACGAACCCGAAGAGGUGGAACCAGGAGAUUGUCGACCUCGCAUCGUUGGGCAAGCAUUCACACCCGACGCUGCUAUUUUACAUCUUUGGGGACGAGUCAAGAUACAUCACGGAAGAAGUGGCCAAGCUGAAGACGAUACCGGAGAGGAACUACUUCCUGUACGAUUUUUUCAAGCCCUACUAUUCCCGGCUGCCGCACUACGACGAGACGUCGCCCGACUGCAAGCCCAAGGGGUGCCUGUCGACGGACUGGAUGCGAGACGACCUCGCGGGAAACGGCAGCUACAGCAACUUCCCCGUCGGGUUGACAGAGGGCGACAAGGAUGUUGAGGCGAUGCGGAACGGCGUACCGGAAGGCGGCCUGUGGCUGGCCGGCGAGCACACGGCACCGUUCGUGGCGCUAGGAACGGCGACGGGGGCCUACUGGAGUGGUGAGAGUGUCGGCCUGAGGGUGGCUGAAGCCUACGGCAGGGCGAGCAUCACUAAUGUCCAGGCCGGCGAGGGGCAGUAG